UCUACGAUAUUGGAUUUGGAUGGAUCUUCACAAUCUUCGCCUUUACAUCUCCUUUUUAAACUCUCUUUCUCUUUCUUCUUUAUUUAAAAACCCAAAUCCAACCCCACCCUUGUUUCCUUUGUUUUUAAAACAACACAUUUACAGAGAGAGAGAGAGAGCCUCCUCUUCUUCUUUUUAACUCAUCACUCUCAUACUGGAUUAUGGAGGUUGCUGGUGAGGUUUUAGCAUCUGAGUCUCAAUUGCAUGUUCUUGCCGUGGAUGAUAGUCACGUCGAUCGUAAGGUUAUUGAAAAGUUGCUAAAGAUAUCCUCUUGCAAAGUCACAACUGUGGAGAGUGGGGCAAGAGCCUUGCAGUUUCUUGGUUUGGAUGAAGAAAAAGGCUCUCUGGGUUUCAAUGGUUUGAAGGUGAAUCUUAUAAUGACGGAUUACUCCAUGCCCGGAAUGACUGGAUAUGAACUCCUCAAGAAAAUCAAGCGAUCAUCAGCCUUUAGAGAAAUUCCUGUGGUGAUCAUGUCCUCCGAGAACAUCCUCACCCGUAUUGAUAGCUGUUUGGAGGAAGGGGCGGAGGAGUUUCUAGUUAAGCCCGUGAAACUAUCGGAUGUGAAACGGGUGAUGAGUGAUUGCAUAAUGAGAGGAGAAACAGAGGGAAACAAUAGGAGAAGAGUUGACAAAAGAAAGUUUGAAGACGAUAACCAUGCUUCAUCGUCAUCGUCAUCAUCAUCAUCAAUACCAUCAUCACCGUCAUCACCAUUACCAUCCUCACCAUCGACUGCAGCAACCUCAUCACCUCUGCAUUCAUUGAAGAGGCCAAAAUUGCGCGACCAUAACUAGUUCCCCUCAUCCGUUUUUUCGAUGGUAAAUUUUUUUUUGUCAAUAUCCUCGCAAUUUCCCUCAUAUGGAUAACUUGUGUAAAUGGCACUUAUCAAGGCCUCUUUAGAAGCUGAUAACAAUUAAUUAGGGCCUGAAACAGAGAAAUGGAGAUACAGUUGGUGUUCUUUUUUGUUCCGUUUAGGUAAAGAAAAAAAAUUCAUUAGAAUCACAAAAAUGAUGGGCUUUUGUUUCCUAUCUGUGUGCAUAGUUAUGAAUUUGGUGGAUCAUAACUUCUAGGCACAUGCUUGCCAUAUAUUAAUCCAAUUUUUACUAAUAUAUUUUAAUGUGUA